GGUGGCUAUGCUUGAAAAAGAUGAACUUGGAGAGGACCUUGAAUAAGUUGAAACGGAGUGGAGAACAAAAGCGGGUGGCGAUCUUGCAAAUUGCGGAGAGAGGGUUGCAGAAAGUUGGGUUUGGAUUCAUGAUGAGUUCAGUGGCUGAGGAGCCUCCAGUGGAUAGUGCUAACAUUGAUUCUGGUCAGAGUGAAGACGAAGUUGUCAGUGUGGCUGCAACCUUUGAGAAAAUGAUGAAGAAUUUAAGGCUUGAGAUUGCUAACUUGAGAAGAUCUCUCGAGGAAUCUAGAUUAGAGAAUGAACAUUUGCAAAGUUUUAGUGGUGAGCAAGCGCAGAAGAUAGCAGAAAACAUGUUAUACAUCGAGCAUCUUGAAGAAAGGCUAAACAAACUCGUUCACAACAUUGAUGAGCUCAUGUUAGAGGUAACCAAAGCUGAGGAAGACGCAACUAGAUGGAAGCAAGCAUGUGAAUUGGAAGUAGAAGCUGGAAGAACUGCAAUUGAAGAACGUGAUAGGGAGGUUGCUCUGCUUAAAGAAGAAUUAUCAAGAACAAAGAUGGCAUUGGAUGCUUCAAAUAACAAGAUGCAGCUGAAAGAAAGACUUGCAUCGACGGCGAUGACAGCUCUGGAAGCUGCAGAAAUAUCUCUACGGCUCGCGGACAGCAGAUCAGCUGGGCUCAGAGAACGAAUUGAGGAGCUAACCAAACAGCUAGAGGAAGAUGUUGAUCAGGGAAAAAAAGAGAAGGAUUGUGGUCGCCGAAGAUUGAGGCAUGAAUGCUGGCCAUGGAGAGUCCUUCGGUUCACACCUGCUGUUUCAUCAAGGCCAGGAAAUCUGAACCGGAUGAGAAGACUGCCAGAAAUGGAGGCCUUGCUGCAUUUCAUGUGAUCUAGUUCGUCAGGAUAGAACUCUUAUGAAGAUAUGUUUUCACAAGAAGUUUAGUCCCUUAUUACGGGAUGCUCUUUAACUCUACUCUAAUUGUCACUUUGUACUUCACUUUUUUUAAUAUUCAUAACUUUCUUACGAUUUAUAAAGAAUAAGAUUACUGUCAAAAUAAUGAAAUACG